GAGCUGGCGGCUGCCGCUCGGCGGUGCACCGCGCGUCCACGCCUCGCCGCUCCACUUCCUGCCCCCCACCUGGGCAUGCGCCCCCUGCGCCCCUGCGCGCCCUCGAGCCUGCGCCGCCCCCCGAGCCUCCCCAGAGCCGGCUGCGCAGGAUGGGCGCCCCCGGCCCCGCGCCGCUGCCGUCGCCGCCGCUGCUGCUGCUAAUGCUGGGAGUCACUUGCUGUGCCCGGGAGGUGCUGGUCCCCAAGGGGCCUCUGUACCGUGUGGCUGGCACAGCUGUCACCAUCUCCUGCAAUGUGAGUGGCUAUGAGGGCCCUGCCCAGCAAGACUUUGAGUGGUUUCUGUACAGGCCGGAGGCGCCAGAAGCUGCUCUGGGCAUCAUCAGUACUAGGGACUCCCAGUUCUCCUAUGCUAUCUUUGGGCCCCGAGUGGCCGCUGGUGAAGUGCAGGUGCAGCGUCUACAGGGUGAUGCUGCAGUCCUCAAGAUUACUCGCCUGCAGGCCCAAGAUGCUGGCAUUUAUGAGUGCUAUACUCCGUCCACGGAUACCCGCUACCUUGGAAGCUACAGUGGCAAAGUGGAACUGAGAGUUCUUCCAGAUAUGCUGCAGGUGUCUGCUGCUCCUCCAGGACCCCGAGGCCGCCAGGCUGCAACGUCACCCCCACGCCUGACAGUCCACGAGGGGCAGGAGCUGGCACUGGGCUGCCUGGCGCAGACGAGCACACAGGAGCACACCCACCUGGCAGUGUCCUUUGGACGAGCUGUUCCUGAGGCCCCAGUGGGGCGAGCGACUCUGCAGGAAGUGGUGGGAUUGCGGUCUGACUUGGCUGUGGAGGCUGGAGCUCCCUAUGCAGAGCGGCUGGCUGCUGGAGAGCUGCGGCUGGGCAAGGAAGGAACUGAUCGCUACCGCAUGGUGGUGGGGGGCGCCCAGGCUGGAGAUGCGGGCACCUACCACUGCACUGCUGCUGAGUGGAUUCAGGAUCCUGAUGGCAGCUGGGCCCAGAUUGCAGAGAAGAGGGCUGUCCUGGCUCAUGUGGAUGUGCAGACGCUGUCCAGCCAGCUGGCGGUGACAGUGGGGCCUGGUGAACGUCGGAUUGGCCCAGGGGAACCUUUGGAACUGCUGUGCAAUGUGUCAGGGGCACUGCCCCCGGCUGGCCGUCACGCUGCUUACUCCGUGGGCUGGGAGAUGGCACCUGCAGGGGCCCCUGGGCCCGGCCGCCUGGUGGCCCAGCUGGACACAGAGGGUGUAGGCAGCCUGGGCCCUGGCUAUGAGGGCCGUCACAUUGCCAUGGAGAAGGUGGCAUCUAGAACCUACCGGCUACGGCUGGAGGCAGCCAGGCCUGGUGAUGCAGGCACCUACCGCUGCCUGGCCAAAGCCUAUGUUCGAGGAUCUGGGACCCGGCUUCGUGAAGCAGCCAGUGCCCGCUCACGGCCUCUCCCUGUGCAUGUGCGGGAGGAAGGUGUGGUGCUGGAGGCCGUGGCAUGGCUGGCAGGGGGCACAGUGUACCGGGGGGAGACAGCCUCUCUGUUGUGUAAUAUCUCUGUGCGGGGUGGCCCCCCAGGGCUGCGGUUGGCUGCUAGCUGGUGGGUAGAACGGCUAGAGGAGGGGCACCUGAGCUCUGCCCCUGCCCAGCUGGUGGGUGGAGUAGGCCAGGAUGGUGUAGCAGAGCUGGGGGACCGGCCUGGAGGAGGCCCUGUCAGUGUGGAGCUGGUGGGACCCAGGAGCCAUCGGCUGAGACUGCACAGCUUGGGGCCUGAGGACGAAGGCGUGUACCACUGCGCCCCCAGCGCCUGGGUGCAGCAUGCGGACUACAGCUGGUACCAGGCCGGCAGUGCCCGCUCGGGGCCUGUCACAGUCUACCCCUACACGCAUGCUCUGGACACUCUCCUUGUGCCCCUGUUGGUGGGUACAGGGGUGGCCCUGGUCACUGGCGCUAGUGUCCUUGCCACCAUUACCUGCUGCUUCAUGAAGAGGCUACGGAAACGGUGACCCCUCCCUUCCCAGGUGUUGACUGUCUUCCAGCCAGCUUCUCUCCCUCUGUCUACUGUCAUUUAAUUUAUUUGUCCUGCCCCCAUACAGAGAGGAAGACAAGGCCUCCAUUCCCUGAUGUCUUCCCUCCCAAAGCUCUCUCUCUGGCCUGUUGUCAGUCUCAUUCCCAUCCUAUAGGAAGGCCAUUCCUUGUCCUCCAACUAGUUUUUCUAAAAUGUGAAUAAAGUGGUUUUCUAAAA